AUGGGUGGUGGCACCGCAAGCAAGGCAUCGUCCCCUUCGGCCUCCAGCAGCAAUGCAGGGGUGUCCAAGACGGUGAAGGCGGGGCUGCUCGUCGUCCUGUGCCUGCAGAACGCCGUGUACACGAUGCUCCGGAGAUACAGAGCUCGCACGAGCUGCCGCAUGGUGCAACAGCAGUCAGUCCGGCUUGACGAUUGGGGACCGAGAAGUAGGGAGGAAGUCGUCACGCUGCACCGGCACCCACGCCAGUUUUCUGUCUGUGGAGUGCUACGUACUGCUGUGAAGUACUAG